AUGGAGGGCGCCUUCACCCAUGUUGGGAAUCAUUUGAUAUCCGACUCCGCUGCUGCCAUCAAAGCUGGAGCCGAUGACCUUUCCACGAUCGACCCUGACGAGAGCUUACUCUAUGGCAAAUAUGGAGAUCGUAACGGCCGCCGCCGAGCCGAUGAUGAUGAUAACCAGACCGAGGCUUUUGAAGAAGACGACAAUGAUAGUCUUAACAGUGUCCCGAUCGACGGACUGACGGGACUCAAACUUAAGGGCCAGGAUGAAGAGAAAGAACUUCCAGCCCAUGCCUGCGCUUAUUGCGGUAUUCACUCCCCAGGAUGUGUUGUCAAAUGUCUCACCUGCAACAAAUGGUUUUGUAGUGCGAGAGGCAACGGCACCUCGACCCACAUCGUGAAUCAUCUUGUUCGAGCUCGCCAUAAAGAAGUUCAACUCCACCCUGAGUCUACGCUGGGUGAUACUGUACUCGAAUGCUAUAACUGCGGAACCAAAAAUGCCUUUCUCCUAGGUUUCAUUCCAGCAAAGUCCGAUACUGUUGUCGUCCUCCUCUGCCGACAGCCUUGCGCGGCCAAUACCUCCAACAAGGACAUGAACUGGGAUACAUCGCGAUGGCAACCCCUCAUCGAAGAACGAGCUUUUCUGCCUUGGCUUGUCGCGACCCCAUCCGACUCCGAACAGCUCCGAGCCCGCCAUCUUACACCCAAUAUGAUUGCCAAAUUAGAGGAGAUGUGGAAGAUUGAGCCUAAGGCGACAGUCGUUGAUCUUGAGAAGGCAGCUAGUAUUGAUGACGACCCUCAACCUGUCUUGCUAAACUAUGACGAUCCUUAUCAUUACCAAAACAUUUUCGGACCUUUGGUCAAAAUGGAAUCCGACUAUGACAAGAAACUAAAGGAAGCGCAAUCAGAGGAUGGGCUCCUCGUACGCUGGGACUACGGUUUGAACAAUAAGCAUCUAGUCAGCUUCAAUCUCCACAAAAUCGAAUCCGGAGAUGUCAAGCUUGCUGUUGGUGAUGAAAUGCGCCUGCGUUACAAGGGCGAGCUGCGAUCUCCUUGGGAAGGGGUUGGUUAUGUCAUCAAGAUCCCGAAUAACCAAUCUGAUGAGGUCACACUGGAGCUGCGCAAGACUGGAAACGAAAAGCUUGUGCCCACUGACUUAUCCCACAACUUUUCAGCAGACUACGUUUGGAAAGCGACUUCCUACGACCGCAUGCAGUUGGCUAUGAAAACAUUUGCUGUUGAUGAUAUGAGUGUAUCUGGCUACAUUUUCCACACCUUGCUUGGUCAUGAGGUCCAGCUACAGGUCAUGAAGACAAACCUGCCUAAGAAGUGGUCUGCCCCUGGUCUCCCUGAUCUCAAUCCAAGUCAAGUUGGCGCCAUCAAGGCAGUUCUUCAGAAGCCCCUGAGCUUGAUUCAAGGUCCUCCUGGAACUGGCAAGACUGUCACAUCGGCUACCAUCAUCUAUCACUUAGCCAAGAUGAGCGGGAACCAGGUCCUCGUAUGUGCGCCCUCCAACGUCGCCGUCGACCAACUCUGCGAGCGUGUUCACCGUACAGGACUCAAGGUUGUUCGUCUCACAGCCAAAUCUCGCGAGGAUGUGGAAUCGUCUGUCAGCUUCUUAGCUCUUCAUGAGCAGGUGCGAAUGUCAGAGCACAACAGCGAGCUUGUCAAACUUUCCCAGUUGAAGAACGAACUUGGCGAGCUGUCCAGUCAGGAUGAGAAGAAGUACAAACAGCUUACCAAGAUAGCUGAACGAGAUAUUCUCAACAACGCUGACGUCGUCUGCUGCACAUGCGUGGGAGCUGGCGACCCUCGUCUUUCGAAGAUGAAGUUCCGAAAUGUUCUGAUUGAUGAAUCGACUCAGUCGGCGGAGCCUGAGUGCAUGAUCCCUCUUGUUCUUGGAUGUAAGCAGGUCGUCCUUGUUGGUGAUCACAAGCAGCUUGGCCCUGUUAUUAUGAACAAGAAGGCGGCCAAGGCUGGCCUUAACCAGUCGCUUUUCGAGCGCUUGGUCAACCUGAAAUUGUCGCCUAUCCGGCUCAACAUCCAAUACCGAAUGCACCCCUGUCUAUCUGAGUUCCCGUCCAACAUGUUCUACGACGGUAGUUUGCAGAACGGUGUCACUCAUGAGAAUCGCCUUCGAAAGGACGUCGACUUCCCUUGGCCCGUCGGAGAGAUGCCCAUGAUGUUCUGGUCUAACCUGGGCCACGAGGAGAUUUCUGCCUCCGGAACUUCAUAUCUCAACCGCACGGAAGCAUCCAAUGUUGAGAAGGCGGUCACACGAUUCUUUAAGGCCGGCGUUAAGCCCGCUGACAUUGGUGUUAUUACUCCAUAUGAAGGCCAGCGAAGCUACAUUGUGACUACGAUGCAGAACUCAGGAACCUACAAGAAGGAAUACUAUAAGGAAGUCGAGGUCGCGUCAGUUGAUGCAUUCCAAGGCCGUGAGAAGGACUUUAUUGUUCUAUCUUGUGUUCGAUCCAACGACAAUCAGGGCAUUGGGUUUUUAUCUGACCCUCGUCGCUUGAACGUGGCCUUGACUCGAGCCAAGUAUGGCCUCGUCAUCCUGGGCAAUCCCAAAGUUUUGUCUAAACAUGAGCUUUGGCACAAUCUUCUUGUCCACUUCAAGGAUCGUAAAUGUUUUGUCGAAGGCCCGUUGACCAAUCUGCAGGCAUGCUUGCUCCAGUUCAGCCGACCCAAGGUCAGCUAUCGUCAAAAGAAUCAGCAACCGCAGUUCGGAGCCGGCAGCUAUUCCAAUGGAGGACGCUUCAACCCCGCUCCAUCUGGUCGAGACUUUGAUGCAGGCUCCAUGGCGUCCUACAUCCCCGACGAUGUGUCCUCUGUUCAUGGCUCUGCAUUUGGAGGUGCCUCUCUUAGCAGCGCCUUCCCUCCCAUGUUCUCAAGCUUCACUCCUGAUCAAUGGCCUGGACUUCCUGGGGUCACUGCUCCGAGCCGAGGCGGGAAGAGCCGUGGACGUGCUACGGAAAGCAUUGCAGGUGAGAGUGUGGCCAACUCCGAAUAUACGGAUGCAUCUUCUAGUGUCAUCGGGGGUAAAGGGGUUGGCCAGGGCGGUGUUAGUCUUGGAGCGGGGCUUCACGACGCUGUCACGGGCAUGCGGCCUGUCUCCUAUAGCCAAAGUGAUCGGCUUAAACAGUAUGUUGAGAGCAGUGGACGCAUGGUUCCUGGAAAUGGUUAUGGGCGACGCUUUGACGAUGACGAGAAAAGUGUCAGCACGGCAUUCCAUAGUCAGAUCGGAGGAGGCUACGACUGA